AUGGAAAAAUGCUCAACAGUGAUUAUGUCAGGAGACAAAAAAUGUUGCAAUACGCGCCGAUUCUUCAAUAAUUACAGACACGAAAAUUCACAUAUAUUCGUCCACGACAAAAUGAAAAACGAAAUUACUCUCAUCAAAGUGGGAAUCACUUCCCAGGACCGCCUGAAGCAAGGCGAAGUUGAGAAAUGCCAUAAAUUAUUGUCCGGGGAGUUGUCCAGCCUAUACCCUAAAGUAAAAAUACUUUCACUGGUUCUGAUCUGGGACGGUGUCGUUUCCAAGUUUUUCAAGAAAUACAUUAAAAAGUUGGCUAUCGAAGACGGAACUCGGACUUACAUACAGUCAGUUGUGUUAGAGAAAACACUGGACAGUGUGGUGGUUGAACACAGACACGGAAUAAAUUAA